GAAGGGUUUGAAGAAGCUUAUCAUCAUUAUUUGCAUCUCGUGUCUCGGAUGACUUUCGGGUCUCUUUUGGACCCUCACUGCAAAAUACUUAUUUUGUGCGACGGGGGUUGGAAACUGGCGAUUUAAGAGGGCGAAACCCCAGAGAUUUGCUCCAGAGACUCGACUUCCCCGCCCAAAGUUCGGGAAAGAAAAGUUCGGGAAAAGGUGGCGAAAAUGAACCCUGCUGGCGUCCCUCCCCCGCCGGGGCAGCAGGUGAUCCAUGUCACGCAGGAUCUGGACACCGACCUGGAGGCUCUCUUCAACUCGGUCAUGAACCCCAAGCCCAGCUCGUGGAGGAAAAAGAUCCUGCCGGAGUCCUUCUUCAAGGAGCCCGAUUCGGGCUCCCACUCCCGGCAGUCCAGCACCGACUCAGGCAGCCACCCGCCGCGGCUCAGCAGCGCUGCCGUCGGAGCCCACCACGUCCGCUCGCACUCGUCGCCCGCCUCCCUGCAGCUGGGCGCCGGGGCCGGGGCCACCCCGAGCCAGGCCCAGCAACAUGCGCACCUCCGCCAGCAAUCCUACGACGUGACGGACGAGCUGCCGCUGCCUCCCGGCUGGGAGAUGGCACUCACGCACACGGGCCAGAGAUACUUCCUCAACCAUAUAGAGAAGAUUACGACGUGGCAAGAUCCUCGAAAGACCAUGACCCAGCCAUUGAACCACAUGAGCCAUCAUCCUUCAGCCGCUUCCACCCCUGUAUCGCAGAGAUCUAUGGCAAUGUCACAACCAAACCUGGUAAUGAAUCACCAGCACCAGCCGCAAAUGACACCCAGUACAACUAUAUCCCAGCAGAACCACCCUACCCCAAACCCUCAAGCCGCCUUAUUGAACAUGCCGAAUGCCUUGACUUCCCAGCAGCAGCAGCAACAGAAGCUGAGGCUUCAGAGGAUCCAGAUGGAACGAGAGAGGAUUCGCAUGCGCCAGGAGGAACUCAUGCGUCAGGAAGCUGAUUUGUACAGACAACUUCCCAUGGAGUCUGAGAACAUGGCUCCAGUUCAGACUGCUGUGAGCACACCUCCUAACAUGACACAAGACAUGAGGUCUGUUACAAAUAAUGGUUCGGAUCCCUUCCUGAACAGUGGGCCAUACCAUUCCAGGGAGCAGAGCACAGACAGUGGCCUAGGCUUAGGAUGUUACAGCAUACCAACUACACCUGAAGACUACCUCAGCAAUGUAGAUGAGAUGGACACAGGAGAUAAUGUAGCACAGACUCCCCUGAAUAUCAAUCCACCACAGACCCGUUUCCCCGACUUCCUUGACUGUCUUCCAGGAACAAACGUUGACCUUGGGACAUUGGAAUCUGAAGACCUGAUCCCCAUCCUCAACGAUGUAGAAUCGGUCCUCAACAAAAACGAGCCCUUUCUCACCUGGCUGUAACUGAUAGUGCAACGUUUUCUUUUCCUCCUAGCAAAACAAAAAAUAAGGGCAGAGGAUCCUCAAGCCUCUCAGUUAGCCAUCCUUGGUGCCUUACCGACGUCUGCGAGACCCUUUUAAUCAGUGAAUCUCGGUCUAGAUUUCACUGACAGCAACUUAAGUAUGAAAUAUAUAGAUAUAUAUAUAUAUUUUAAGUAGAACUGCUUAUAUACGCAUCUAUAACCUUUCCUCUUUAGUUACAUAUGAGCGGUUCUCUUUGUCUUUUGGUGCAUAGCUGAACUUAACAGCCAUCAGCUACACACAACAAGUUUAGCAAAUAAUAAGAAAAGAAAAUAAAUCUGACCAGAAGAAGCUUUAGAUUGUAAGAAGGCAGCUUAGUUCCAAAAAUCCUGCACGUUAUCAGGUUGAGUGCAGUUCUACAGCUGUAUUUAUGACAAUAGUACCAAAUGCUUCUCAUCUUAUAUAACUUGAGCUUUAAAAAUCAUUGCAUUUUUAAAAGUGAACUUGUGCUGUAUGGAAAACAGAUUUUUUUAAAAAAAAAUCCUAAUCAGCCACAAGGCUCCAGAUCCAGAUUUUUUGCAAAUACACAAACAGUACUAUUUGCAUUUCCUCCCCACCUCACCCCCACAAUAUAUUAUUGAAUGGUUUGUAGGUGAAAUGUUUUAAUUACAAUUUUUUUUACACUACUACAAUAUUUUAAAAUAGACCAGUUUGGUACUAAUUGCUGCCAUUUUAUAUAUACACACGCACAGACAUAUAGAUAUAUGUAAAACACUAAAAAUGUGAUUAUGAAAGUGUUUUUUCCCCUAAGAAGUACACUUUAUAUGUAGCUGCUUAAUAUUCACUACAAUUCUGCAACAGAACAUGGUUUUCUUGCAGCUUUUAGUCUGCACAAAGCGGACACUCAACAGAACACCUUCCCCCUCCAAAAUUCAGGAUUAAAAAUACGGCACAAGUUUGACACUUCUGAAUGCAGUAAGAAUUAAUUUUGUAAAGCCUCAUUAUCUUCUCUUUAUUUUUAGUAAUUAUUUUGUCGUUGAAAUUUUUAAAGAAGCUAGAAACAGGAGUCUGACAUUAUCAUAUAGGUGAUAAGCCAGCAUCUAUUUGUCAACCUGGCAAAGUUGCUGAGGAUUCUUUACCCAAUGGCUUUUUUUUAUUCUUGACUUAAUGGGACACAAGGCACUAUACAUGUUGUACUCCAUACCUAUAAUAUUCAUAUAUAGGGUUGCUUUAUUAAAAACAGCUUGAUAUGUGGGACUGAGAAUGCA